ACAAUCAACAAAGCAAACUGUCACAAUCAGAGAUGACGGAGAUGACCGAUGACACAGGUAACACCAGUAACACUGGUAAUACCGGUAAAAAUGAAAUAACCUGUAAAUAUUGCGAUAAAUCCUGUGAUUCGUACAAUAAUCCAAGUCUCAAGUGCAGUGGUGAAUGCUCUCGACAAAUUCACGUCAAGUGUCUCAAGCGAGGAGGAGUGCCAGGAUCUCUAAUUGGUGAUGUAUUCUUUAGUUUGUACUGCAUGGAGUGCAGUCCCCUCGGCGAGGAGACCAUCACCAGGGAGAAGAUGUCCUGGUUGAACAUCAUCAUCCUGACACUCUACAAUCUUCGUGAGAAAUCUAGUGGCAUAAGCAAACGCGGCUACUUUCACUGGAAAUCAGACAUCAGUACAUUUGUGGACAGAAACUGGGAUUAUCUGUUCCAGAAGAGCGUGAAGAGAAAGAAAAACUGGAUUGGAACGAUAUCGGGGACAUUGUCACAUUACAGUACAACUUUUUUUAAAUCCGGUACGAGUGAGCUGGGGGAGUCGGGCUGGUGGAGGCUGGUCGAUAUUGAUCCUCCGGAGGUGCUCAUUGCUAAGAAUAGUAAGAUGAUUGUUGAGAGGAAGAGGCAACCGGGGAGUAUCCAGGUUAAGGCUAUAAUUGCCUGCAGUCCUCCGAGGUCAGAAUCGAGUCUAUCUAUUGGAGAUGACAGCUGCACCGGGGAGUCUUCCAGGAUUCAGACACCCUCGAUGUUCUCGAGGGAGUACGUUCAGCCCUCUGAGGUCCUUUCGCAUUAUCUGAUGGCUGAUGAUGAGAUGCCAGAUAUGGGUUGUCUGGAUGUUGAAGACAGUGUCGAUCUGAGUGAUCAAUCUCUCUCUUACACAGAUCUCAUGAAGGAGUACCAGAGCCAGAGCACUUUACUCAGUGGUUUUAAUCCAGAGUGGAUGAACAACAUCUUGAAUCAAUCCACCAAUCAUUCUCAGGUGACAGAGAUCAAGCAGGAGGAAACGGAGAAUGAGAAUGGAAUCCCCGGCGAGGACAGCAAUGAGAGCGGUGAAGCAGUUGGAGAACCUCCAAAUUCACUGUUCACAGUUAAUAACACUCGGCAGCGGCCCUGGAAGAGGAAGGACAAGCCAUUAGUAAAGAAGAAACAGGAGAAGAUGAGCAAUUACGAGGUGUGCUAUCUUCUCCAGGGUGUCAACAAGAAACGUCUCGAGUCAGCCCCACCCUCAAUCCGGAGGUUCUAUCGCAAGCUAGCCCUCAGGAAGAUCAAGUACGACUGCAAUCUGCCAGUUCUGGACAUUGACAGUUUUACACUCAAAUCAGACAAGGAGAACAUGAAGAUGAUGAUGAGAAGGAGGAAUAGAGUGAUAGACCGUUUUUAUAAUGACAAUUUUAGUGUUAAUUUUGAGCAGAGGCUACAGGGACAUGCCGAACCCACUGCCAUUCACAGUCCAUACACCAACAGACUUUUAAAGCCUUUUAUAAGGCGAGAUAGAGACAGCCAUCCUCUGUGGCUGAGAGUCCUGGAUGAAAUGCAGGCUAAAGUCCAAUUGAACAGUGACGAUGUGGAGAUUGCGGAGAGAGGAACGAUCGAUUAUUGCUAUGUCAGGCCACAGCACAUACCAGCCAUGAAUAGCCUCUGCAGUCUAUUUUUUUGGCCUGGCAUCGAUCUCACUGAGUGUCUACAGUAUCCUGAUUUCACCUGUGUCGUUCUCUACAAAAAACUCAUCAUUGGAUUGGCCAUUCUCGUGCCAGACGUUGGAUACAACGAGGCAUACAUCUCAUUCCUCUUCACAAGGCCUGAGUGGAGGAGAUGUGGCAUCGGAACUUUCAUGCUAUAUCAUUUGAUACAAACGUGCAUGGGAAAGGAUGUGACUCUUCAUGUCUCUGUGACUAAUCCCGCAAUAAUUCUUUAUCAGAAAUUUGGAUUCAAGAUAGAGGAGUUUGUUCAGGAUUUUUAUGACAAGUACAUGGCACCUGGACCGAGAGAGUCCAGACAUGCGUUGUUCUUAAGGCUGAGCAGAUGAUUUAUUUAUCAAACCAUGCAAUUAUCUCUUGAAAUUAAUAAAAAAAAAAGGGUUUUCAAUUCUCUCUGUUUAUAUCUGCUUUCGAUUCAAUUUUUUAGACUGUUAACAGUUAUUUUUAUUAAGUUAUCGGUUUACAGAAAUUUAGAGCAAUACUGAACGACUCCAUUCCGUGGUUGUGUGCUCGAUUAAUGAGAUCAAUUAAUCAUCAAUGAAAAAACUUCUUUUGGUACAGAUUGUGCACGAAAUAAUCCAAGAAAAAUAUCUAUUUUACAUAUUUAGUUUGACAUAUAUUACGCUGGUCCCUUCCAUAAUAAACUGAGUCCAUCUCCACGUGAAUUUUCAACUCAACACUUUAAUUAUCUAUCGAAAU